UGGGCCUUUUCCACAGGCCACCCCUCUUCCGUUCUUGCUCUUGCUUUCACCCCUAAAAUCCCCAACAUCCAAUCCAAAAUUUGGAUUCUUGGAACAGUACUUCCCGGCCGCCGCUGUUGCUACCGCCGCCGCCGCCGGUACGUGUCUGUGCGCCCCUCCCCCUCCCCUCGCCGAGCCUCCGUCCUCCUUUCCCCCCACGAGUGGUUAGCGCCCCGAUUCCGAUCCCGUUCCCUCCUCUCAGCGCAGGCCCAACACCGGAGCAACCCGACGCACUCCACCUCCGCCUCCAUCUUCUCCGGCUGGUGCGCAAUCAGCUCUGGGUCGGUGGCUAGCACUAUUUAUCUAUCGGAUUCGCAUCCUAGCUCUGUCCAUAUCCAAACCUAGCCUUCUGCCUCUUUCGCGCUGCAGGAAUAAUAACAAAUUUCAUAUGCGGAGAUGAUCUCGUCGUGCCCCAUCUGCGGUAACCAGGUCCUUACGGUCGAGCUGGAACGGCAUGCGAAUAGCCACUUCGAGGAUGAUGAGGUUCAGAGGGACAUGGAGUUGGCGAAGCUGGCUGCGGUUGCAGAAUUGAGUACUAGUGUCACGGAUGUACCUGAACCUAGUACGAGACCAGUCCCGAAAGAUGAUUCUGUUGCUCAAGUGGCCUCAUCAAGCAUCAUCAGAGGCUCGUCUCCUUAUGGAAAUGCGAUGAAUGAACAGAUUUCCUUGUUGGUUGGAGCACAGAUCAGAAGCGAGAUUCAACAAAUUCAAGGUGGUGUUAUGAACCUGUUGAGGAGCUGCCUUGAAUCUGAAGGUAGCUCGUCAACAAGUAUAAUAUCGGGCUCUGUUGACCAUCAUCAGAGUCUUUCGUCGGAAGACAAGGGAUGGGGAUGUGGGUGGAGAAAUAUCCAGAUGCUGAGCUCUCAUCUGCUGAGGCAGAGGCUGGAAACAAGGGAGGUUCUGUUUGGUGGCUGUGGAUUUGUGCCUGACAUCCCUUCGCUUCAGAGGUGGCUCGAGAUUGCCUGGGAUAAAGGUUUCGAUACUGUUGGUUCGAGUUAUUUCGAUAGCAAGAUUUAUGGUGUGAAGAAGUGGAUUGGAACGACGGAAUGUGUUACGGUCCUACGCUCUUUUGGUCUGCGUGCAAGGAUUGUAGAUUUUGAUAGCACGGAAUCAGCGAGCCUGCAGGGUAAGAGCGGGAAACGGGUACGCGGGCCCAUGGAUAAGUAUUUGGUCAAGACUAAUUCUUGUCCAAAUUCAUCGUCUGGUGAACUUAGUCAAGAAGAUGCUGAAAACAUGAGAGGCCAGCAGGUCCUCGUUGACUGGGUAUGGAACUACUUCAAAAGCAACUCUUCUGGUGCAUUCAACAAUGCAAAGAAUGUCAUGAUCAGUGAUAAAACCCCAUUGUAUUUUCAACAUCAGGGUCAUUCAAGGACUAUAGUUGGGAUUCAAAAGCAAAAGGGUAAUCGUGGAUCUCAAGACCGAUAUAACCUUUUGGUUUUAGACCCUGGACAUAGAACAGCUGAUUUAGAGAGGACCCUUACAAUGAAAAAAGGAUGGCAGAGGCUGGUAAAACGAGGUGUGCACACCCUCAGAAAGCCACAGUAUCAGCUGUGCUAUGUGGAUCCUGGAAUUGCUAGUUUAGAAGAAAUGUCACAGCUCAAGACUAUUGAUAGUAUCCUGAUCAGGUUCUAGAACAGUCGUAAAGUGCGACAGUUGCCGUAACAAAAUCAGUGAUCUACUUGAUUGUGCAUUUGCCCAUGAGUUGUGGUUUUGCCAACUGUGUGUUGUGGAGGUAUCUGCUGCUACUUGCUCUGGUGUGUUCUCGCUCAGAGACAUUUUCUUGUUGCUCCUGAUGCCUCUCUGGUCACCUCCCCGUUGCCUGUAGGCCAACCCUAUAGCCCCCCUCCUGCAUCGGGUGAUUUGGAAAAGCAAAAGAAGACUAUCUUUGAAGAUUGUAGAAGUCUGUCCAAGGUAGAUUGUUUAAAACAACUGGCCCUCGACCAUCGCAAUUUUCGGUGCAGCAUAAAGGGUUCCCUGCCCCCUCUAUAACAAUCCUGUUAUGUCGUGGGGUUGUGCAGUUUGUGCAAGAGUCGCCAUUCAACCUCCCCUGAACUCCCAUCACCUGCUUGUAUCCCUAGCCCAGUUUCUGGGAUGUAACAGUUGACACACUUAUUUUGGUUACCGGCCUGCCAAGCGAUGUAAAAUAUGUCGCAUGCAACAUAAGAAACUUCC